AUGCGGUUAUCGUGCGGGAAAAUCGUUCAAUUCUUGGCCACUUUUUUUACGCUAAUGGCGCUCACCGAGGGGAUGGCCAUAUUCUCGGAUUGGCCGAAUCGAGCCGAUCAGUCGGAUUACCCGGCGGCGGGGCGCGUGGCUCGCACCUCUCGCACCUCUCGCGCCAAUCCACCAUCGUUGAACGUUUAUUGCCUCCUGCACAUGGAGAUUUGCAAUCGAGCCGGCAUGCACUCCAAAAGAUCAAUCGAUACCAUAUUU